AUGCCGGUCCGGAGGGGCCAUGUGGCUCCACAGAACACCUUCCUGGACACCAUCAUCAGGAAAUUUGACAGUCAAAGUCGUAAGUUUGUCAUCGCCAAUGCAAGAGUGGAGAACUGCGCCAUCAUCUUCUGCAAUGACGGCUUCUGCCACAUGUGUGGUUACUCGCGUGCUGAGAUCAUGCAGAAGCCAUGCACAUGCAACUUCCUCUAUGGACCUGACACCAAGCGACUGGCGAUCGCCCAGAUGGCGCAGGCCCUGCUGGGGUCAGAGGAGAGGAAAGUGGAGAUCGACCUUUACAAAAAAGACG